AGCUUAGCCUGCUGUUAGCUUAGCCUGCUGCAGACACAUAACAGGACUGGAGUUAGUUAGCUUAGCCUGCUGCAGACACAUAACAGGACUGGAGUUAGUUAGCUUAGCCUGCUGCAGACACAUAACAGGACUGGAGUUAGUUAGCUUAGCCUGCUGCAGACACAUAACAGGACUGGAGUUAGUUAGCUUAGCCUGCUGCAGACACAUCUGACAGGACUGGAGUUAGUUAGCCUGUUGUUAUCUUAGCCUGCUGUAGACACCUCAAAGCUGUCAGUGAACAUCGUUAUUCAAACGCAGCGACGCCGUGAAGCCGUGCGGAGACCCUCGACGCUCUGGAACCGCCCAGAAUGCCCAACAUCAAAAUCUUUAGCGGGAGCUCGCAUCCAGAUUUGUCCCAGAAGAUUGCGGAGCGGCUGGGACAGGAGCUGGGGAAAGUUGUCACCAAGAAGUUUAGUAAUCAGGAGACGUGCGUGGAAAUUGGGGAGAGUGUGCGUGGAGAAGAUGUUUAUAUUGUCCAGAGCGGCUGUGGUGAGAUCAAUGAUAACCUAAUGGAGUUAUUGAUAAUGAUCAAUGCGUGUAAGAUCGCCUCAGCUUCACGAGUGACGGCGGUCAUCCCCUGUUACCCCUACGCCAGGCAGGACAAGAAGGACAAGGUGGGGAGUCGUGCACCGAUUUCAGCCAAGCUGGUGGCGAACAUGCUGUCUGUCGCUGGGGCUGAUCAUAUCAUCACUAUGGAUUUGCAUGCCUCUCAGAUACAGGGCUUUUUUGAUAUCCCAGUGGACAACUUGUACGCCGAGCCAGCCGUGUUGAAAUGGAUAAAAGAGAACAUUAAUGAGUGGAAGAACUGUACCAUCGUCUCUCCUGACGCUGGCGGAGCUAAAAGGGUCACGUCCAUAGCGGACCGUUUGAAUGUGGAUUUUGCGCUGAUCCAUAAGGAGAGGAAGAAGGCGAAUGAGGUGGACCGCAUGGUUCUGGUGGGAGACGUGAAGGACAGAGUCGCCAUUCUGGUGGACGACAUGGCUGAUACCUGUGGGACUAUCUGUCAUGCAGCAGACAAGUUGGUUUCUGCUGGAGCUACUAAGGUUUACGCUAUUCUGACUCAUGGUAUCUUCUCUGGGCCUGCGAUCUCCCGUAUAAAUAAUGCCAACUUUGAAGCUGUGGUUGUCACAAACACCAUUCCCCAGGAGGACAAGAUCAAACACUGCAGCAAGAUCCAGGUGAUUGACAUCUCCAUGAUUCUGGCAGAGGCUAUCAGACGAACCCACAAUGGAGAGUCUGUGUCCUACCUGUUCAGUCAUGUACCUUUAUAACACACACUCUUUAACUAAAUCAAAUGCACUUCCUUGAUUUGUGGUUGUUGUUUGUGGUUCUCAUACAGAACCGGUUCAAAUAUACCAACUUCACCAUAAAAUGAUGAUGUUUACUAUAAUCAUCACUGCCCAGACUAUCUCGGUGUUACGCAACAUUAAUAAGCCAUACGCAGAUGUUUCGAGCUAGUUACUGAGAGUUCACGCGAGUCUGUUACGUUAUCCGUCACGCGAGUCCAGGCCACACUGGUACUGCUGUGGUACUGGUCUGUUAUAUAGUUCACCUCGUAGACACUCUGCCUGCUUCAUGCAGUAAAAUGCUGUUUGUUUAGAAUGUUGUUGCUAUGGCAGCUGCACUCCUUGUUUAUCUCUUAUAAUCUUAUUUUGUUCGUCAUUGUGAUUUUUUAAAACUUUUUUUUUUGGGUGUGGUAUACUGCAUUGCGUUAAAAGCUUUCCUACCGGCAUCUGAAGAUUCAGAGAUUUUAAAAGUGUAAAGUAGAAUGAGAAAGUGAGAGGUUUAUUUUUAUAUACGAGUGUUCGGAUGUUGCUAAAUGCUGUGGAUUCUAAUGUGCUCUGUGUUUACUCAGGCUGUUACCAGAGUGCUUGAAGAGAGAUCAUUCUGAACAUCUCUUCAGUUUUGACUUCUCUUGUUCUCACUCUUAUUCUCACACACGUGCACGCAUGUGCGUACACACACACACACGCAUACUGCACUCACACACACUUCACACACAUAAUUC